AAUUUAGGAAAAAUAAACUGCGGGUCCUUUUCCUCUUUGGUCGCCGUUCCCGCCGCAGUUCUCGAAAGCUUCAACUCCAACUUUUUCCAUUGCGAUUGACUCGCGAGAGGCAAAAGUACUAUCUAGACCAAUGAUGGAGAGUCGGUGUGGCUACCAUACGACAUCCCUGACCUGCACUUAAGAUGAAAUUCAAUCGGUGGACGCCCAUUCCCCAUGUUCCCUUAACAAAGGCGCUUUAUAAAUGCUUCCCUUUGACCGCAAAGAGGAAAUCCAUUCGGAAGGCAGAAAUAGCAAGUGAAAAACUAUGCGACGAUGCUCUUCAACGCCUAUCACCCUUCCUCCUUCGCAACCCUGCCGUGGACAUUCUCGACCUAUGGCCCGGCGCUGGACUAUGGUCUUCGAAGAUCAAUCAACUCCUCAAACCCCGCCGGCAUGUCCUUAUCGAACCUGAUUUGAGCCUAUACAAGCCAUUGCUCCAGCCAUUGGCAGAAACCAACCCCAGCUAUGAACUACUGUCUGCAGACAUCCAUGCUAUUGCGGAUUGGCAAAGUAUACUAUCGAAGCAUUUCCCGGAGCAGGGACCAUCGAACCGUGACGACAGCGGCAUUUUGCCCAGGAACGAUACACUCCUUGUCUUAGCCAACCUGCCUCCAGUUGGCUCAAAAAAGGACCACUAUACCCCAGCACGCUGGUGGUCGGUUUUCAUGGAGGCUUGUAUGCACCAGACGGGAUUACAUUCUUAUGGAAGCGUGCGUAUGAUCGCAUCGCUCCCCAUCUCAGAUGCACAACAGGUCGUUCCGCGGACCAUCAUCGAGCGCAAACGACCGGCAUUGUGGACCGAGAACGUCGCAUUGCAUGCAUUCGAAGUCGCGGCUCCAAGGGACCCCAGUACAUGGACUUUUCUGAAGGGAUGGGAUUUGGCGGCGGACAAUGCCUCGCGCGUUGCUCAGAGAGCCGCAGAGCAGGGGGUUACCACACCUCCCGGCAGAGAACUACCACCCAUCCCCAUGGCCCCAAAAAGUCCUGACCCGGGCAGAUUGCCUGUGCCUUACGUGCCGCGCCCUUUUACCGACUGGCAUGAGAAAGUUUGGAAGAAGAUAACUACCGGCGCGCCUGGCAAGGACGGCAAAAUGAAUCCAGUACAACAACGGGGCUGGAUCCAACUGAACAAAGAGAAUCGCGACAUGUAUUACCGCGUGCGUCAGGCGAACGGUAUUGCCGAAAUUGACGAACUGACAGCCACGCUGUCACGGACGGCGGCAAACACUCGCAAGACUUCGGCGGCACUGAGGCCCAUUUUGAAAAAGAUCCAGGCCGCCAAGUCUCGCUUGGAGCAGGGAGUGUCGGAAGUACACUACUCAGUCAGGAAUGAAGUUCCCGUCAUCGUUGACAACAAGCGAGCGGCUCUGCAGACCGGAGACUUUGACGAUGCAAUCCUCCACUGGGACCGGCGCCCCUUUGAACCAUUGCUCAUCAAUCCCGACGAGCUCUACCCCCGAGAGACUGAGCGAAGCAUCCUUUACUUCGAGGCUGACCCGAACCCGCAAGCCGUGCAGAAACUCAACCAGCUGGAUCCGCCGCAACGAGACGCCCCUCUUCGCCUCUUCGAAGCCCUCUCUCUCACCAUCGGCACCCGUAGCCUUCUGACUGUCGCUGAGCUUCUGGAGCUGAUCUUCCCCGGACGACCCAUCAACGAGAUCGUCAAGGUCAUCCCCGGCCUAGCCGUCCUCGCAGCAAAGACCCCCAAGCCAGACUACGACAAUCUGCCGAAGACCAUGCACGGCUCCCCCGGGGCCCCCGAACCCCUCAACCCCGUCGCAUGCUACCAAGAGAACCUGGACUACGACCUCAGCGACGUCCGCGUGCGGACUCUGUCGACCAGCACACUGUGGGAUAUCUUCGUCGAGUACCAGAGGAAGGGCGAUACCAGCCUCUCCACGGUGCAACUGAGUCGACUGCUCGGCGGGACGUUGACGUCCUUCCGCACCGGCGAACUCGAACUUCGGAAGAGAUACCAUUAGCAUGCCGGUCUCGUUUUUUGGUAUCGUCCACAUCCACUCUACUCACCUACUUCUCUACUCACCGUCCCCUUCGUGCGGGGGGACUUUAUACCCAUAUCUUCGGGAUGUAUACUAUGUUUUAUGAGCUGUGUCUCUUUGUACUAUAC